GGACCCGGGGGGGGUGGUUGCUUACGCAGCGGCCGUGGGUCUCCACCCGAGACUAUGGCGGCUGGCAUUGCACUGGAGAGGAAAGGAGAGCCGCGGUCGAGAUGGUGAAAAAGAAACAUAGAAAUCGUUAAAGUGUUUAGUUAGUUAUCGCGGCUAUUUCCGGGUUUGCUUUGAAAGCGCGCGUAGGUUCCUUGGUUAUUUUUUGGAGGAGGGGGGGGCAAGUAAGUCUUGGUAUUUUUGAACAGAACUUUGUUGUUUUUUGUGUCUAAACACAUGAAAAACAAUAGCUUUCUUUCCUCGUACCCACCACUUUACGAAUGGUGGCGUAGCCGUCAAGUUCAUGGCCUGCGUAGGGGGGAAUUUGCCACAAUGAAGCCCCGUGUCGGAGCGCCGGGUCUUUGUGCUCUGCCGUAGCCGAGAAGAGAGUCGAGCUCGGACUGUGUUAUCAUCAACAACCGCCUUAAACGGCCCACACAAAAUGGUGAAUGUGACACGGCUUCAUUGAAUACACAAUGCGCGAGUACAAAGUGGUGGUCCUGGGCAGCGGAGGGGUGGGCAAGUCCGCCCUCACGGUGCAGUUUGUCACCGGGACGUUCAUUGAGAAGUACGACCCCACCAUAGAGGACUUCUACCGCAAAGAGAUCGAGGUGGACUCCUCGCCGUCGGUGCUGGAGAUCCUUGACACCGCCGGUACCGAGCAGUUCGCUUCCAUGCGGGACCUUUACAUCAAGAACGGCCAAGGGUUUAUUCUGGUCUACAGCCUUGUUAAUCAACAGAGCUUCCAGGACAUAAAACCCAUGAGAGACCAGAUCAUAAGAGUGAAAAGGUACGAGAAGGUUCCCGUGAUCCUAGUCGGCAACAAAGUGGACCUGGAGAGCGAGAGGGAGGUCUCGUCCAGCGAGGGCCAGGCCCUGGCCGAGGAGUGGGGCUGCCCCUUCAUGGAGACCUCGGCCAAGAGCAAAACCAUGGUGGACGAACUGUUUGCCGAGAUCGUGCGGCAGAUGGACUACGCCGCCCAGCCUGACAAGGACGACCCCUGCUGCUCGUCUUGCAAUAUACAAUAGCCAACAAUGGCGGCAGAGAGAGAGAGAGAGAGAGACGCACUUAGCACGCUCACACACAUGCACACGCCAAUUAAAAGGUUGAACACCAUGGCUUGAUUUAAGCCUAAUAUUCAUCAUGUGAGGAAUGACAUCGACGGAUAAAAUAACAUACCCUCGCCUUAUGUUGCUGUUUUCACCUUUUAAGGGAUUUCCUUUCUUUUCGUUUUUUUCUCCCAAGGUAACAUUUCACCCUAAUGUGGUUUCGCUUUUGUUUCCAUGACGCAUUUACUGUGAGAAACCAGCACACAACAUCAGAAUCAGAUUUCCUAGAUCCCUUUGCUUCAAAUAUUUAGAAAGGAUUGGAUUUGUGUACAUUUUGUGCGGUGUUUUUUCUACUCAUCGCCGGGGCUGAACCAAAGAGGUGACCUAAAAGCAUUUUAUUGUUUUUUUUUUUUCACUUUUUUUUUUUUUUAAAGUUAAACAUCGUAGUCUUCCACACAAUUUCAGACAAUUUGCUUUAAAAAUGCAGAAUUAUUCAUUUGUGUAAUGUAAAUCAUGAUGCAAUCGAACUUAAAACGUAGUGCACUACUUGGCUCGAACCAGCAGAGGAGUCGUUUUCGGAAAUUUCUGAACUUUUUUUUUUUUUUUUCACCCCCAUGUUUAGUUUGUCUCUCAAAAGCGUUGUGCUUCAUGCAAGUUCAAUAUGAAAGCAGGAGUUCAGAACACGCCACAGUCAAUUCAAGAAAUGUUGAUCUAAUCUCAGCAUCCCGCCUUUGUUGGUCAUUUUCCCACCAAAUGAAAUGCCAUUUUUUUCUUAUAUUCCUAUAGAACAGAGGUAGGGAACCUAUGGCUCGGGAGCCAGGUAGGGCUCUUUUGAUGACUGUAUCUGGCUCUCAAGCAUUUCUUACCACAAUAAAAAUGCAUUUUUGCUAACAUUUUAAAGUAAACCAUCACAGAAAAAUAAUAUUAAAAAUCAACAACUUUCUUAUGCAUUUUAAUUCGUCCAUCUAUAUUCUGCUGCAAUACGGCUGACCAUAUCCAUCUUUCCUGAUGAUAUUUUCCAGGUCAAACACCAAAACUUGAUUAUUACUGGGUAAUGCUGUAGUCUACCUCGGUCAUUGAGAUGUCAAAAAAACAUGUAAAUGUAAACUUUCCUCCUUUAGUCAAAUAGCUAAAGCUGCAGAACCAAGCCUUCUGGUGAAGAUGGCCAAAAGAAUGAAAUAUACUGAAUACGGUUCAAAACUAUGCAGCAGCAGAAGUUGCAUUAAUGGCAGCAAGUAUUUGAUUUAUUAUUAGACACUGCGCUGCUCACGAAAGUAUGCUGGCCACACCCCAUUGGCGUGGGGUAGUGUGCCUGGUCUACGUAAUUAGAGCCCAUUAUAUCUAAAACUGUUGGUCUUACAUAAAAAUGCACGCAUUUUAUUGCAUUCAAUGUUUAAAAAAAUGUAUAUGGCUCUCACAGAUACACAUUUUAAAAUAUCUGGCCUUCAUGGCUCUCUUAGCCAAAAAGGUUCCCGACCCCUGAUAUAGAAACUAAUAGCAAAGGUGGUGGUUGUAAUGAUACUAAAGACUAAUUCAUUCAAGGUAGUGUAAAUAUUUUUUAUUGGAAGUGCCAGCUGCAACAAGAAACUGACCGAACGUGUGUUAUCUGUCACUUGUAUGCAUGGCUAGUAAACGAAAAAAAAAAAGACUUCUGAGAUGAAUAUAAUAAGGCUGCAGAGGUGUGCAAACCGAACACGCAGGUAUGAAUCCGGACAUCUGUGCAUUUUUUUUUUUUUUCUUCUUCAUUACUCAACGGGAAGCCAAUUUCUUUCCACCCGUGUAACCAUUUUAUUUUUAUUGUUGAUUUUAUAUAUUUUUUAAUGUGACCAUUUACUCUUGAAUCCUUCUUUGAAUGGGAACAUUUGACACCUGAGUAAUAAAAAAAAAAAAAAGUGCGUUCAACACUUGGAUGGAGGCUCAA